AUGGUGCAGGACGGAGGCAUGUCACGCACACCUUACAGCUCCAGCCAAGACAUCCAGAUGGAGGUCUUCGACAAUCCUGGCCUCCAGGGGAAGUACGGCAAACGGAAGAGCCGCUUCAAACGUUCUGAUGGCAGCACCUCCUCUGACACGACUUCCAACAGUUUCGUCAGGCAGGGUUCUGCUGAGUCCUACACCAGUCGCCCAUCUGACUCUGAUGUGUCACUGGAGGAAGAUCGUGAAGCCUUGCGCAAGGAAGCAGAGCGCCAAGCCCUGGCACAGCUAGAAAAAGCAAAGACCAAGCCGGUGGCAUUUGCUGUGAGGACGAAUGUUGGCUACAACCCUUCUCCCAACGAUGAUGUGCCAGUCCAGGGCAUGUCUAUUUCCUUCGAACCCAAAGACUUUCUUCAUAUCAAAGAGAAAUACAACAACGACUGGUGGAUUGGACGGCUGGUGAAAGAAGGCUGUGAAGUCGGCUUCAUCCCUAGCCCCGUCAAGCUGGAGAACAUGAGGAUGCUACAAGAACAAAAGAUGAGGCAACACCGGCUCAGCUCCAGCAAAUCAGGAGACAACUCCACCUCCAGUCUGGGAGAUGUGGUGACAGGCCCCCGGAGACCCACCCCACCUGCCAGUGGUACCUUGGACAUGACUAACUUAGCUUAUGACCCUGACACCCUUGACUUAGAGGAGGAGGAGGAGGCUACCGAGGAGACCCAGCGAACCCCUAAGACUAGCGUUAGCAGCGUCACCACGCCCCCUUCCACCACCAAGCGCAUCGCCUUCUUUAAGAAGACAGAGCACGUGCCACCCUACGAUGUGGUUCCUUCCAUGCGGCCGAUCAUCCUAGUGGGUCCCUCCUUGAAGGGCUACGAGGUGACGGACAUGAUGCAGAAAGCUUUGUUCGAUUUCCUGAAACGCCGAUUUGAUGGCAGAAUAUCCAUCACACGUGUGACAGCUGAUAUCUCCUUGGCCAAGCGCUCAGUCCUCAACAACCCAAGCAAACACACCAUCAUUGAGCGCUCCAGCACUCGUUCUAGCCUAGCCGAAGUGCAAAGUGAAAUCGAACGUAUCUUUGAGUUGGCCCGCACACUGCAGUUGGUAGCCCUGGAUGCCGACACAAUCAACCACCCGGCUCAACUGUCAAAGACGUCACUGGCACCCAUUAUUGUCUACAUCAAGAUAUCUUCUCCAAAGGUGCUGCAGCGAUUGGUGAAAUCGAGAGGCAAAUCCCAGGCAAAGCAUUUGAAUGUGCAGAUGGUGGCAUCAGACAAACUGGCACAAUGCCCUCCAGAAUUGUUUGACAUCAUCUUGGAUGAAAACCAGUUGGAAGAUGCUUGUGAGCACCUGGCUGAGUACCUGGAAGCCUAUUGGAAGGCCACACAUCCUCCCAGCAGUAACCCACCCAACCCACUGCUGACACGCACCAUGGCGACAGCUGCCUUGGCUGCCAGCCCUGCCCCGGUCUCCAAUCUCCAGGGACCCUACUUAGUGCAUGGGGAAGAGCCUCACAACACUGAGCACGCUGGUCUGCACAGCUACGCAGGGCAGCCGGUGGGGCGUGGCCAGAUCCGCCCAGUUCAGCAUCCCUGCCACUUUGCCGCCCGGGGCCUUUCCCGCCAGGACACCUUCGAUUCGGAGACACAGGGCAGCCGCGAUUCUGCCUACACUGAGCCAGGGGAUUCCUGCAUGGACAUUGAGACAGAUCCCUACGAGGAGCCAGAGGCCCGUGGCUCCCAUGGCUUGGGCCACCGCCACCACCAGCGCCAGCCUUCCUGGGAUGCCGAGGAACCUGAUCUGCAAAACCACAACCGCCCUCUGCGUGGUCGGGGCAAGGGGCGGGGGCGCUACUGCCAGAACGAGGAGGAGUCCACUGGCCAUAACCAGAACGAUGUAGAGGACUGGGGGCCUGACGCCUAUAUCCAUUAAGGCCCUGGGGAGGGCAGGGCUUUGAUCCAUUGGGGAAAAGGCCUCCUCCUGCUCAUGGCCUUGGGCAUCAGUGGCUGUCUUUAUUUUAGUGGCCCCUGGGGAUAGACACAGUCUGCCAAAGUCUCGGCCUUCAUCACCACCAGGUGGUGGUUGAUGGGAGCAGUUUGCAUCCCAAAGGCUAUGCUGUCACCAGCCAGGUCUGUGAGCGAACUCCCCUCCUCUCCAUUCUCUGUUGGGGAUUCCACCCCUCCCUGCACCUUGCCAUUUGUGCCAACAACCUCUUUGACCAUCCCUGCCCUGCCAGCCAACACUGCCUGGGCUUUUCCCACAAGGUCAUUCAAGAUCACAUCUACCUUAACGCCCUCUUUUUACUCAGGGUCCCCUUGUGGACCUGGAGAGGGAGAGGGCCAGUUUCCAUCGGUGCCUAGGGUCACUCCAAACACUCUGGCAACAGCCACAGUGGACAGCUGAAUCACACACUGUCCCUCUUUGGAUCCUUCCUGUCUGGCCCCAUCCAUGGCCAAACAGCUGCCAAGUGGAGCAAUAUGGGCUUUCUGCAGAUUCAGGCUGUCCUAGAUCUCUUCCUUUGUGUGUGUGAUGGCGCUGUAGCAGCCCAAACACCAGUGGGAGGGCUGGGUGGAAGGCAGGGGCAAAACCCAAUUCCAGUUUUCCAUCACAGGGAUCAAGUCAUCUCAAGGUCCUCUCCAGUGCCUAUUAAAGAAAUCCAGCUCCAGUCACCUUAAACCUUCCCCUCCUUACCCAUCCUCCAGUGCCUCGGCUCAUGACCCUUUGGGAUGUAUUUUCUCUGCUGGAGAGAUCCUGAGCCUGUAGAUUGCAUGCAUAUGUGGUAUGUACUAUGCCUGGCAGAGAAGGAGACUUUGGGAUCUCUCCCUUGGGUGUGCCUGUAACCAGCUGUUGUUCUGCUCUUAACACCGAUUGUGAAACCCCUUUUCCAGCAUGUGUGAUAGCUUGGCCCGGAGUGUUUGGCAGAUGAAAGGUAAGAAAAGACUCCUGGCACUCUGAACUGGGAAGGUGAGCCCGAUUGUUCCAAGACAGUAUCCUGCUACCUUUACUGCAGGUACGGCCUUCUGUCACAAAGGGGGAAAGGACUGGUACAUUCCCAUCCCACUGUUGCCUCUUCCUUUUUUGGGGACUCCCUUUGGAAGAUAACUUUCUGGUAAGACUCGGGAAGUCAGCCAACCUUUGUUUUGCACGAUAAAAAAUGGCCUAGCAGCAAUCCUUGGUGAACUUUACAGAGCCAGGCCAAGAUGGAAGGCUUCCAGGAGAGGAGCAUGGGAGAUGACACAGGCUGGGUGUGCCGUGCAGGUCUUAGCUGCAGUCCUCGAUCUGCCACCACUUGACACCUCCUGUGACUGCCACAGGGCUAGUGACCAGCUGGACCCGCCAGGACUGUGGCUUGACCAACUGAGAGCCUUGUGAUGCUCUACAGACUGCCAAGGGGAAAGCUGUAGCUAUUUGCCCCACAAAUGUCAGUGAUCCCACAGCAGUUUCUGCAGCACCCAGACAGACCAUCUUGUGCCAAACUUGCUUCCUACCCUUAGGGCUGGAGGCCUCCUUUUAUAAGGCAUUGCUCUUUGUUCAAGGAGUUCACCCUUCCUUUUCAAUCACCACACACCUUUGGUGUUUACCAGGCCUAAGUGCUUGAAACAAGGCAACCUCAUGCAACCUUCUCCCCCUGAGGCACUUCCUUCCUCUCCUUUCUGGUCAGUUGAUGCUGUGCUGUCCGCCCUGAGGUGGAAAUUGGAGCCUUUUCUGUGCCUGGUUUGGGUGCCCGAGGCUACCUUAGUGUGGGGUUUUUGUUGUUGUUGCAGUCAUUUCCUCGGAGGCCCCACAAGCCGCUGUGAUCAUCUGCAGUCCAUUCUUAAGUGUCUCCUGCUGCCUUGCGGUUCUAUAGUUCAUAUGCCUCAGCCUCCAUUCAAACAGCAUUUCUAUCUUCAGCACGAAUGUAGUGAUCAUCAGGAGAUAUUGCUCCUAAUAACUAAUUCCUUGUCAGGGGAAAAAAACGUGAUACACAGCCUUAGAUCAUCUCUUCAGGCCUUAGGAUAUAACUUUAUUCUGGGUAAAGCUGCAGGAAGAAUGUGACAUAUUUCGUUUGGGGCAGGGGGGGCGGUUGAUGGAGCAUACUGCCAGUCUCCAGAUACACAUGGCAGGGAAAAUUAAGACUAGGUCUUUGGAAGUAGUUGUAUUCAGAAACAAGGGCUGGAAAUCUGGACACAAUGCUGCUUUCUUAUGGAGACUUCAAAUACUCUCGUGACUGAGGGUGGCUGGUAUAUGCUGGAUCUUGCCUUUUUGGGUGGGGUGCUGGUAGGCAAUAUCUUUCUGGUUCCCUUUCAAUUCCUGUGAAGAAGUACCAUCUACAGCUCCUGCAACCCCCAAGUCAGAUGCUCUUGGUCCUGUUGUGUGGUCCCUUUCAUGUGCGGGGUGGGUGAUUUCUGCUUGAUGUCCUCGAGUUUAAGGAUCAUUCCCUGUUCUCAUCUAUUCCCCUUAUUCCAACUUCAUAUCAAACGCCACUACCUGAAAUGUUCAUCUCGCAGCAUCAGCAAUCCCAUGACCAGGGCUUUUUUUCAGCUGGAACGCGGGGGAACGGAGUUCCAGAA